AUGGAAAGAUGUCAUCAAUGUAACCACCUUGACCUCCGGAAGAGCUCCAACGGCGGAGAAAUUUUCCAAAGGGUUCGACCUCGAUGGUGGUAUGCUGUGCUCGUAGACUGCUCUGGCUUUACCAGGACAAUUGAUUACACUGUGCACAUGACAAACUUGCACUUGGGUUUUCUGCAAGAGUUCUCUAUGGAUCGCGUGGGGCCGGUUGGCGCCUAUCUCUUCAUGGCAGUGUACGGGUUUCUGGCUGCUUGUCAGCUGGUCGCCGUCUUGAAAAGGAACACGAACGCGAAGACUCAGCACCCGAUCCGAAUACUGCUGAGUGCAUGUGUCGGCACUGGAGUGGUUGGCACACUUGCUUUUCUGCUGAACCUCAUGUGGUAUGCCUACCACGGAGAGGACCAAGCCAAUUUGUACAUGGCAGGCAAGUUGUUGAAAGCCGGCUCGAAGUACACGUUGCUGACAAUCCUACUUUUGCUGUCGCGCGGCCGGUGCAUAUCCGUCCCGCUCCAUGGUCAAGAUCUCAUGCAAGCGGCUCGGAUCCUUCUCCCGUUGUACAUCGCCAGCGUCACCCUGGAGGUUUGGGGUGAGUACUCCCAGUCUCGGAACCACACAACAGAUGUGGUGUACUGCACAUUCAUGGGUAUGGUCAUUAUGAGCAUUGAUGUCGCUCUAUUUGUGCUAUACCUUCGCAAUCUCUGCAGCUCCUGGAGAUCUGAGACAGAUUUCAUCCGACAAGGCUUCUAUCGCAGCUGGGGCUUGGUCUACUCGGCAGCUUUCCUGGUUUUGCCCGUUUCUGUCCUGAUUGUCCAGAGCGUGGCGCCGUGGGUGCGUUCCGAGGUGAUCUUUUUUGUGUCAAACACUGCCCAUUGCAGUUUUCUGGCCCUCCUCAUCAUUGGCCUGUGGCCAGAUUACACGCAGCCCUUCUUCUGUAUAGAUCAGCCUUCCGCACUGGCGCAGACAUUUGGUGUCAAGACAGAGUUGUUGGAUGAGGGGCAGGCAUUGUGGCAACCCCCCAGCUUGGCUCGGGAAGUGGAGCUACGGUCCAAAGGCUGA